AUGGAUAAUCCCGUGGCGGCAAAUGUGCUCGGCACAGCUGGAGCUGUGUGCUGGUCUGUACAGCUUAUCCCCCAAAUCAUCAUCAACUAUCGUCGCCACAACACCAUUGGCCUGCAGCCCUCAAUGAUGAUGCUGUGGGCUUGUGCAGGUGUUCCGCUGGGAGUUUACAACAUCACCAAGAACUUCAAUAUAGCUCUGCGCAUCCAGCCCCAGAUCCUAACGCUCUUGAGUCUGGUCACUUGGGCUCAAUGUCGAUAUUACGAUAAGAAAUGGCCUAUCUCUCGCUGUCUUCUCGUAGCCAUUCCCAUCGCUCUCCUGAUGGCUGGUAUUCAGAUUGGCCUCAUCUUCGCCUUGCGAGCCGCUCACUCUAAGCAUCUCACUUGGCCGGAUACUUUAAUGGCAGUUCUCUCUGCGGCCUUCCUCGCUGCUGGUGUCCUCAGACACUAUUGGGAUAUAUACGUCCAUCGAUCAGUGCGCGGAAUCUCAUUCAUCUUUGUGGGCAUCGAUGCCGCCGGCGAUCUCUUCUCGCUCAUCUCGGUCUUCUUCCAACCAACCCUGGACAUUCUCGGUAUGGUGAUAUAUGGGACUGAGCUGGUCCUCUGGAUAGGUGUGUUCGCCUGUGGCGGAUACUUCAACUUGUUGCCCUGGGUAAAACAGAAUUUGAAGACGCCUGAUGGAUCUCCCGGUGCCUCUGAGAUGUCUGCAGAUCCUACCACUCAACCAUCCCACGAUAUCUCUCUUCGAAACAUGCCAUCAUCCACAUCCGUUUUUAGAACGCCCUCAAGCGAAUUCACUGUUGCGAGAGCCCGAGCCGGAUUUCACGAUACUGAUGAUGAAGCUGGCGCAAUAUCACAAAGAUGA